ACUGCGUGUUGUAAACAGUGAGAUCUCCAUUUUGUGUGUUUUUCCUAGAGGUUAGCGCUUACUUUCCUUUUGGCUGUGAACGACACUGCUAAUUCCGUGAUUUUCGGAUGCAAUUUUAUACCUAACACAUUGGAUUGGAGGAUCCGAUUGACUUGCUUAUUCGUGUCCUGCUACGAUUCGCAAGGAGAACGCAAUCAGAUGUUUUCGUGUUUCUAGCCCAUUUGCGAGCAAAAUAACACCAAAACAAGAACAACAAUGUCAGACGAUGCAUGGAGUCACAUCCAGCUACCAAACGCCUGAGGGGAUAGUAAGAUGGGUCAAGGAGGAGUGAAGAAGAGCAGGAGUAACAAAAACAACAGAGUUAGGCGCCGUCUGAUAGAAAACCCCUCAGAGGGAACCCUUCUCACCGAAGCUCCCGGCAGUGCCAUGUCCGUUGCCUUGGCAACCACCAUCGCGCCUUGUUCCUUCCAUCCAGCCAACUGAUGCAACCAGGUGACGUGCCCAGCGGACUCAGUGACAGACCUCACCUCAGCCUCCGUCACUGCCACCGCUCCGUGGGCCUCUACCUGGAAUACCCAGAGCCUCCCACCACAAAGGUUAGUACAAAGGACCAGAGAGCCCAGACCCAGCAGACUAACACGUCCCUGGGAAUCUGACUCUUCACCCUUGGGGAGACCUACUCCUGCCUGAAAAACAGCAUCGCUGACGUCCACCGCUCCACACCCAGCAUGGACUCCCUGAUCGGGGACUCAGACCCCAACCUGUUCCCCAUGUCCAUGAAGACGGAGACAGCCUUCUCCCGGGACCAGGACCUUAUGGAUAUGGAUCAGGAAGGGUACAUUGGAAAAGACCAGAAACUGUUCAGUGACAACACUCUGGAUCUCCUCCAGGACUUUGAGUUGACAGGCUCCCCUUCAGACUUUUACGUAGGGGACGAAGCCUUCCUCUCCUCCCUGGCUGAUGACGCUCUCCUGGGGGAUGAAAGCCAGGAUCGUGGCGUCUCCAACUCCACCUCCAAGCCAGCUGCUACUAUGACCAAUAGUGGUGGUUUUAGCGGUUCCAACACCACCACAUUGAAUGGUAGCAGUCUACUAGCAUGUCAGGAUGAAUCCAACUCCAGCACCUCUACGACGACCACCGGCACUUUUCCCAUGGUGAAGGAAGCUGGCUUCAUCCAGCUGUGUACUCCAGGGGUGAUCAAACAGGAGAAGACGUCGGCCAUGCGUAGCUACUCCUGCCAGAUGAGUGGUAGUACCGGCGGCUCCACUUCCUCCUCUCCCUCCGAGCUGUCCAGCGCCAGCCCCAGCCCCAUCCCCAUCUCCAUCUGUGGGGUGAGCACCUCUGGAGGACAGAGCUACCACUUUGGAGGCAACAGCAGCAUCAACACCCCCUUGGCUUCCACUACCAGUGGAGCUUCUCAGCAGAAGGACCAGAAGCCCUCUGUGUUCAGCCUGUAUCCUCCGCUGGUGACAGUAGGAGAGGCCUGGAACAACAUUAGCUAUGGGGAUGGAGCUUCUGGAAUGCAAGGUCUCUCCAGCCCUACCUCCUCUUUCUCCAGCAACUAUGCCAGGGCGUCUGGCUGUCACUACGGGGUGCUCACUGCGGAAGCUGCCAAGGUGUUCUUCAAGAGAGCCGUGGAAGGGCAACACAACUACCUGUGUGCUGGGAGGAACGACUGCAUCAUCGAUAAGAUCAGAAGGAAGAACUGUCCAGCCUGCCGCUUCCGCAAGUGUCUCAUGGCAGGGAUGAACCUGGAAGCUCGUAAAACCAAGAAGCUGAACCGUUUAAAGGGGGUGCAGCAGCCCACCAUGGCCGAGCUGACCCCCCGUCCUCUCCCAGAGGCCAGGUCGCUGGUCCCCAAGUCCAUGCCACAGCUCACCCCCACCAUGCUGUCUCUACUAAAGGCCAUCGAGCCAGACACCAUCUACUCUGGCUACGACGGCACCCUGCCAGACACCUCCACACGCAUCAUGACCACCCUCAACAGGCUGGGGGGACGACAGGUGGUAUCAGCCGUCAAGUGGGCCAAGGCCCUGCCAGGGUUCCGGGACCUUCACCUGGACGACCAGAUGACUCUGCUGCAGUGUUCCUGGUUGUUCCUCAUGUCCUUCGGCCUGGGCUGGAGGUCCUACCAACAGUGUGACGGGAACAUGCUCUGCUUCGCUCCAGACCUCGUCAUCAACCAGGACCGUAUGAAGCUGCCCUACAUGGCAGACCAGUGUGAACAGAUGUUGAAGAUCUCCAGUGAGUUCGUCAGACUGCAGGUGUCUCAUGACGAGUAUCUGUGUAUGAAGGUGCUGCUGCUGCUGAGCACCGUGCCAAAGGAUGGUCUGAAGAGUCAGGCAGUGUUUGAUGAGAUCAGGAUGUCCUACAUCAAGGAGUUGGGGAAGGCCAUCGUCAAGAGGGAGGAAAACUCCAGCCAGAACUGGCAACGCUUCUACCAGCUCACCAAGCUUCUUGACUCCAUGCACGAGAUGGUUGGUGGGCUGCUGGACUUCUGCUUCUACACGUUCGUCAACAAGUCUCUGUCGGUGGAGUUCCCAGAGAUGUUAGCAGAGAUCAUCAGCAACCAGUUACCAAAAUUCAAAGCCGGGAGCGUCAAACCCCUCCUCUUCCACCAGAAAUGACUGUGUGGUGCCACCGCCACUGGCCGUGUCCACCACCGAGACACAAUGCCUUAAAAUCCCCUCACCUGCCCCUGACCGAGGGAGACAGGGAAGAAGAGAGGCUGUUUUGGGAGAAAUUAUACAAUGUACAGGGGUUUGCUGAUUUGGGGAUGAAACAAGCGCCAUCGAGGAGGAAGGAGAGAUUUGUCAAGAGGCAGAAGACGAGACGGAGAGAGCAGAGGAUUUUUGUUUUGUUUAACAUCAAUGGUCUAUGAUCCAGUUAAUAGAAUAAAUGUUUUCAUAAGUUUAAGUAUAAUCAAGGAUUGAACUUAACUAACCCUUUGUGUUUUCUCAGGUGUAUGACCCGCAGAACUUAACAAUAUCUAGAUUAAAUAAGUAUCUAUGUACAGAUUAUUAAGAUGUCUACGUUUCUGCUGCCACAUAAUAUACAGUUUAUUAUACAGGUCAUUUCUUACCUCAGCAAAGGUAACACUAUAACUGUCUUGUACUGUUAUUCAACAGGUUAACCCACUGUGUAUUCCUCUACCUGCUGUUGUUUUUAGGUAGUUGUUGAUUAUCGAAUCACAUGACGUUUUGUUUUCUUCAUAACUGUCAUUUUCCAAAGCAUGUUGCAUUGCUUUUUUUUUUUUAAUUUUAAGUCGGGCCUAACAUGAUGAAAUUGUUUUAUACAAUGAAAGCAUACAGUACACAGUUCACAGUUCUAUCUUUGUCUACAUUAAGCUACCUACUGGCUGCCAGGUUUACACACACCGUCGAUCAGAAAAGGGGGGGGAAAAGUGCCUUUUUAGCUUGAAGUCUGAUUUUAGCCAAUCUCUCUCUUGACUGUCCGAGGAUAGAUAUUCUUCUUUCACCAUCAUGGUUGACCCUCAGUGUAUGUGAUUGUUUUGUUUCUAUUACAUGCAGUUGCAGUCAGUUUUCCUUUUUAAAAUGGCUGCCGUGUUAGUCUGUUGCAGCUCAGUUAUGGCUCCUCAGUGUAAACAAUAACAAUAAGAUCAGUAGAUUUAAACAAUACUCCCAAUCUGCAUACAGUAUUCACCUGAUCUCUUGUACACGUCUCAUUUUUAAAUAGUAUUUUAGUACAAUGACACCCCUACCAUUAUGAGAUAAUGUGAAAGUACAUAGUAAAGAACAUGGCUUUAACUAUUGGAUGUUUGUAAAAGGAAGCUAUUAAUUGUCACCUUUUGAACUUAUUUUUGUCAGCAAAAGUACUUUUGUCCAUCGAUGAACUAAUACCAUCUUCCUGUUGCUUUUGUUUUAACUGUUGUUUUACUAGUUGUUUUUUUGCCCAUUUGUCAUUAUUGGAAUGUGCCGGAGAGAGCGAUGCGUCAGCCAAUCAAAAAUGGAGAGUGCAGAUUCCACUUUUUUUGUGUGUGUAUCGACAGCCCCAAAACCAGAAGAGCUGGUUGCUAUGGUUUCCACUCAGAUUUGAUGGGAAAAUGGCUGUUCUUGAAUUUAGUUCUACAGUAGUUCUUGGUCUCUUAAGSAAAAUAUAAAUAGUAACAGUCCCAAGUCAGAGGGCCCAGUGUUGACCCUCUAUAUGCUGGUUUCUGUAUGAACACACUGGUGUUUGAAUGGAUAGUAGAGUGGUGUGUGUGAAUGAAACAUGGGUAACUUGUCAUUAUUAAUCCUUAUAGCGCUUACAUUCUGGCAACAGUGAAAUAUCACUGACAUAUCAGACAAUUUGACAAUUUGAUGAGAUGAAAACCAGCAAUACACAGGGGGUUCUGGAGAACUGACACUGAUGGACCCUGGUCUAGGACAACCUCCCACUGCUGCUCACACAACAACCCCUUACCCACCGAGGCAUCUUGCUUACAACAUCUCAGCUCUUAUUGUUCCUCUCUSUGUGUGUGUGUGUGUGUGUGUGUGUGUGUGUGUGUGUGUGUGUGUGUGUGUGUGUGUGUGUGUGUGUGUGUGUGACACAAGAAGUUGUCCAGUAAAGCACUUAGUACUAACAUCCUUCUCUGUCAUCUGGUUUCUCACUCAAACUGUGAGCACGUCACAAAUGACUCCCUGUUCCCUUUGUAGUGUGUUACUUUUGACCAGGGCAAGGCUCUGGUCCAAAGUAGUGCACAGAAUUGGGAAUAGGGUGCUAUUUUAGACAUAGUCUGUAGCUUAAUGGAUGAGGAGGGGAAGAGACAUAAACCAGGAGACAUUUGGCCCGGCAACAGAGGACUGGGGUUUCCCACCCCAUGCUCUAAGGGGAAAUAGUUUUCUUCUAAAAACAUGUUUUCAUUGUAAUGUAAUUGUAUGGUGUUGUCACAUUCCGUACAUUUGAGGAGAAUUUGUGAGAAUUGUUAACCCGAGACCUGAAGCCAUUUUUGAAAAGGUGGGAUGUGUUCUAACUUACCUAACCUGCAUAAAAAAAUGCAAUGCUAGUUAUUUGUUUGCUGUCAUUGGUCUAUUUACAUGUUGGAAAACUGACAUCUCUUAUUUUCUGAUUUUCAUACACUAUGCCAACAUCUAAUAAGAAGCUAUACAUUAGUGAUUUUUAAGAACAACUAUACCAUACUCAGGUUGUUGUCAUUGGUUAAAAGUGUAUGUGGUCAUCUUAUGUUCACUGAUGGAACUGUUUAAAACCAAAAACUUGUACGUUUUGAUUCCCAGAGUGAGUUUUUCUGACAAUUUAAGUUGGGUUAAAUAAAAGCUCACCUGUCCGUUCAGGUACGUUACUUUCAUGCAUACUGGACACGCCAAAGUCAUUUGAUUUUUCUCACUACUUGAUUAACCAUUGUUAACUUCCCAGUCUAUCCUAAAGGAAAACAUUUAUUUUCAAAAGUAGUUCAAUAAAAUUUGAAAAUGAAUUCUCCCCAUCUAAACUGCUUGUGGAUUUCCUAUGGGUUACUUUCACAUUCAGUGUGGCUAUAAAUCAUUCUCUGCUGUUGCCUUUCAUAUAACUGGUAUGAAACCACAAACUACUCACCUCCCCUUAUCCCAAAAUGUAUUGGUCUCUGUGGAAUUGUAUUAUGCAGUAAAAAAAAAUCAAGAAAAUCUGAAAAUAUGCAAAUAUAAAUGACAAAUACCUGAGUUACAUGUGUUGCUCUAAACAGAGAUUAUAGACAUGUAUUGUCAUUUUCUUUUUUUCUUCUCCAAUAUAAGCUAUUUUAGACAGAAAAUGUUCACUUUAGUGAAUGAACUCUGCAGGACAGAUUUUCAGGAAAACUUUCAAGUGUCAAUAUAUACCAUUUUAUUUAGAUAACACAGUUCCAGUAUAUUACAUUUUAUACCGGGUGGCCAAAGCAAAUCCAGACUCAAAGUUUCCCUGUAGUUUUAGUAGCUCUUGGAACGACAGACGUACAGGACAGUCAUAUAACACAUUUUAUAUUUCUUUUUGUGUGGCUUUGGUCAAAUGUUGUGUGCUAAUAUUAUGAAUAUAGUCGUCAGUCAAAAAACUUCACACAAACUGUUUGUGAACGUAAUCAACCAGCUUGAACCUGACAAUUUGCACUACCCCAAAUAUUAUUUUGAAAUUCUAUUUUGUAUAAAACAGACGUUAACUUUUGAAACGUAUUAUCAAGGGCAGAAUGAAGAUGAUGAUUCACUGGUAUAUGCUUUUCUUUGAAGAUGACUUGUUUAGCUUAUACACUAUUUUAAUUAUGUACAUAUAACCCAAUGUAAAGAAAAACAAUGUGUUGUAUUUCUCCCACAAAUAAUAGUAGUUUUCUAUAUCCUCUGCAUUAUUGCUCAUCUGUAGUAGGUCAUCUUGAUGCUUUUCCUUCCAUUAAAUGUUGAACUACGUCUUCGUUGUGUGUGGUACCUUUUCAAAACAAGAAAUUGUAUGCAGAUUGAUCAUGUUAACUCACUUUAUCUGAACAAUGAAAAAUGUCACCUUGUUGUCAGAUAUACUUUUAAAAAUCACAUUAUUACAAUAAGCACUGGUUCAUCCAAUAAAGAGGCUUUUCCUUUCUG